AUGCGUUUGUUUUCCUCGUCUGUACCAGUCGAUAUAUCACUCACUAAUUCAGUUUUCCGGACAGACACUCUUUUGCGUCAGAAUGGUUCAUUGAACCAGUUGGUGCCAGGAGAGUCAGGAGUCGCGCCAAGAGACCGAAUGGGCACCGGCAGUCUUCUUGGCGGAAGAAGUGGUUCUAAUCUCGGUUACGGAGGCCAGCUCAUCGGGGGUACUUUGCCACGCUCCGGAGGGACAUCACAACUUAGCGGUGGAUACGGUCAUCUCCAUGGCAACGCUGGUGGCGGCAAUGCUGGUUUAGGCGGUGCCAGCAUGCUUAGCAACCGAUCAGCUAGCUACCAUCUCGGCUAUCCGGGCGCUAGUUCGGGCGCCGAGUUCCACCCGGCCACAGGUCAUGCCGAAUCAGAACGACCAGGACCCCGUUCCGGAGGCUGGCCGCAAGAGGGUCCCGAGAGCGAACCACACUCCGAGUUGAGCCUUGAAGAGGGGAAUCACGCCUCUGGCCGGUCGAGCGGUCGGCCGCCCAAAUUCGGCCAUCCAACCAGCUACCUUCAGUCACAACUGCAGCCGAAUCAUCAGUCGUCAAUGCAUCCGGUACCGGCCGAGGCGGCAGGAGCACAGUCGCGAAGGUCACGCGUUCCGGUCGGCGCGGUGCCGAUGUUCGGCGGCGCAACGGGCAGUCUCUUUUCACCAUCUUCGCGUGGAAAACCUCCGGCCGGAGGGGCGUCGGACACGGCGAGCAACCUGACGGACUCAGCCAACGACUACAUGAACGAUCGUCUGCGCCCACAGGCGAUGAGGUCGUCGACGGCAGACCGGGCUCGUCGGGACCUCCGGGCAGAGGAGGUGCCGAGUCCGGCGGGUCACCCGAACGAACUGGGCGCCUUCUCGGAGGAGAGCGACUCUCUGGCCGACUCCUGGAGGACAGAGGAGAAGGUGGCCCAGAAUAGGCGAAACUAUCGCCAAGUGGACAGAGACAACGGCAGUAGACGUUCGGACGCCCCCGGCUCGCCCAUAUACGCCAACGUCGGAGCUGCGAGAUCACACAAUGAUCCACUUCGGUUGGCGGGUCACGCAGCUGGCGCAAGUCCGUACGGCCAGGAC